AUGGGCAGGGAGGGGGCGGGGGCGGGGGCGCUGGUAACGGCGACGGAUCUUUCUCCUCAAGGAGGCUUCAUCAACUUCCUGCAUGAUCCGGAGACUGUCGCCGCAAUGCCUCAGGGAGGGCAACCAUCUACCUACCCAUUCGCUCAUCCCGCUGCUUUCCCUUCCCAGCCACCCCCAGCAGCAUCGAUCUUUCCUGCAUCCUGUACGCAGCCAACCCCAGCAGAUGUGACCGGCGGCACGACAUCUGCGUCGUCUGCCGCUCUAGUUCGACGGGGGGAUCGGGUGGCUGCUAAUCCUGAAGCAGGGGACGACAAUGGUAGGCAGCGUAUGUGCUACACCCACGACGAGGAUCUCCGGCUGGUGAGUGCAUGGCUUAGAAACUCCACCAAUCCAAUCGAAGGCAAUGCAAGAGAGGGGGAGACUUACUGGACCAAAGUUGCUGAAGCUUACAAUGAGACCACCCCUGCUGAUAGGAAGAGGGAAGUGCACCACCUGAAGGGCCACUGGGACAAGACUAUAGAGAAGGUAUCCUUCUUCAAUGGUUGUUACAUCCAGCUUCGGGAUGCAUAUGCUGGUGGCAGGAGUGAUAUGCUGCUCAUGGAUCAAGCAUUGGAGUUGUAUCGGUCUCGUCAGGGGCACCAAUUCCUGUUUGUGCACUGGUGGAAAGAGGAACCCAGAAGCAAUGGUGCACCCAAUUGUAUCAAGAAGGCCAAGAAGGCCAAGAAGGGAAAGGGUUCAGCUAGUGAGUUAGCAUUAGAAGUGAAGGAGCAACUGAAGAAUUUGGUUGAGGCUCAAGCAAGUCAGAAGGAAGAGUUGAAAAGAAUGAAGGAUCUCCAACAGAAGCUAUCUGACCAGAGGGUUGAGGCUGCCACCCUGCAGCUGAAGGCUGCCCAAGAGAGGAAGGAGGCCAAGCUCAUAGAAUAUAAGAACAAAACACUGGAGACAUACAAUGAGCUAUUGCAAGUUGACACCUCCAAGAUGGAGCCAUGGGCGAAGGAAGCUCACACCAAGGUUGUCACUUUCCUCUCCGAUCAGAUUUGGAGGACAAAGGACAGCGGUCCUGGUACUGUAUGA